AUGGCAGACAUGCGGACCAGUGACGCUUCCUCACAAGUCACUGAUUUUAUAAUUCUUACUUGCCAAGGUGUCAAUAAAGAGUUCCAGCUCAAAUCUUAUUGUCUGGAAGUGUGUCCUUUUGAAGGUGACUCACAUUCAGCAGAAAAUAUUGCCCAUAAUAUGCAUAUGAUGUGUCUCGAAUGGCAGCUAUUGGAUAAAUUUGUAGCAGUUGUAACGGAAAACGCGCGGAAUAUAGCAAAAGCUAUUGAUGAGUUUGAUUAA